AUGGCCGACACGAGCACCUCCUCCUACCUCGACACCAAAACCUUCCUCUCCCCCACCUUCUCCCCCUCCAUUUACGCCAACAGCCUCAUCCUCCAAACCAACAACGCCUCCGAUACGCCCCUGGACCUCUCCACGCCCCUCUCCCGCGUCCUCUUCGACGUCCAAGAAGUCGACACCAAAAUCGACACCCUCACAACCCAGAACGCGCCCCGCAUAAUCAGCCACGCGCAAAACGAAACUGAGAGUGGGAAGCGCGUGUUGGAGGUCGUGGAAGAGCAGGUGAAAGUUCUAAACGAGAGUUAUGAACGCUUGGAACGGGAAGUCGGGGAGCGCUACGAGGCCGCAGAGCAAGUCCGACUCGUGGCGGAGCGGAUGGUGAGGACGCUGAGGCUGGGACGGCAGGUGCAGAGGGUUGUGCAGUUGGGGCGGCAGUUGGAGGGGCAGAUGGAGGAGGUGAGCAGUCCUCCCUCCGCAAGGCAGGGGAGCGGGGCGCGGGCGAUGGUGCCUGCUAGCCGGACGUUGUUGGAGCUGAGGGGGUGUUUUGCGGAGGGGAGUGCGGAGUUGGGGAGGUGUCAGGCGGCGGUUGUGGUGCGGCAGGAUUUGGUUACGCCGAGUGAGAGGGGCUUGGUUAGUCGGGCGCAGGGGGUUGUGAGGGAGUUUAGUCUGAGUGGGGUUGGUGGUGGAGGGGCGAGUGGGGAGAAGACGUUUGCGCAGGCGGAGGAGACGAAGGCGAGGGCCGCGAGUGCGAUGCAGACGCUUUAUUUGUUGAGUCCGGUUAAGAGGGACGCUACGUUGGAGGCGUUUGAGCCGACACUACUCGUCCAAGCAUUGCAGAGUUAUCUGCAGACUGCGUUGACAUCUUCCCUUGCGGCGCUGAGUCGGGCGUUGGCGACACUACCGACGCUGGAGAGGACUUUGCUGGAGAUUUCCGCGAGGUGUCAGAACAUCACCGCCCUGGAAAACCUCCUCGAAACUAUCAAGCCGCCUGCACAUCCCCUGCUCCCACCCAGCGACUCCUCCACUACGACAGACGACAACUUCCUCCAACCUCUACUACGACACCUCGACACCAGCUCACUGCCUUCGUACUUCUGGCGCAGUAUGGCCGGGCAGAUGACAGCUCGCGUGCAAGAGAUCUUGCAGAAGGGUGGUGUGAGUGCGAGGACGUUGAGAUCGAAUCGAGAUCGUGUGAGGGACUCUGUUCGCGAGUGUGUGGAUAGGGGGUACCGAGGGGCUAAGAAGCAGGGGAAUUGGGAGAGGGAGGCGGCGGUUAUGGUGGGAAGUGUUGUUGGGCCUUUGGGGAGGUGA